AUGAAGCCACCUGAAGGCUACUUGAAAGCUAAACUAGGACAAGUCUGUUGUCUCAUUAAGUCUCUUUAUAGACUCAAACAAGCUGGUCGCCAGUGGAACAAGGAGUUGACCGGGAUGGAAAAUCAGUUUGUUGCUCUUUUUGUUUAUGUAGAUGAUUUGUUGAUAACAAAAGCUACUGAAGUUGAUCUUAUUAUCGUUAAAAGCUAUCUUCAUCAAGCUUUCACUAUUAAAGAUCUUGGCUAUACCAAGUAUUUCUUAGGUGUGGAACUUCUAAGGAGUGAUGUUGCUCUUUUAAUUAAUCAGCAUAAGUACAUUUUGGAUAUCCUCAAUGAUGCGGGCAUGUUAGAAACAAAACCAAUGGAGUAUCCCAUAUUGAAGAGUCAUAAGCUUGAUGCUGUAAUAGGGGAUCUUCUUCAUGAGCUUGAAUGUUAUAUAAGUAUUGUGGGAAGAUUACUAUAUCUUAAUUUGACUCAGCCAGAUGUCUCGUACACUAUUCAAUAA